UAUCAUUACCUGUUCUAAAAUACAUCGUUGCGUAUCACGAGAGGAGAAAAUGCCAGUUCGCGCUAACGUCCAUCCCUUAGGCAGCGUCAUUAUGACGAGGUAGCGAGUGAUCCCGGGGGUCUCCCUUAACAAAGAUAAAACUAGAUCGGGGCCAUGGGGUCGUGCUGCACGUCGCUCUCAUCCGAGUCGACACUAAAUUCUGGCAUAAUAUCUCACGAAACAGCAUACAAAUGGUUGACGAGAAGCUCGGACGAGCCCUUUCCCGAGACGGCCGUCACCGGUGGCCGAGACAUCGACGGUGCCACGAUCUACGUCGGCCGCGCCUACCAUGAUGGCGACAUGAUACCGGCCAAGGUCAUACCCGAGAGGAACGUCGCUUACGUGGCGCACGGCGGCCAAGAGCACGCCAAACGCAACUUCGAGGUUCUCGUCCGCGGAGAAUUCGGAUGGGAAUUCUGCAGUAACGGCUCGGUUCCCGCAGAUGCGGUUGUCGCCGGUCACACAAGCGAUGGAGAACCACUGUACGUCGGACGUGUACUUCACAAUGGCUCUCAAACCGUUGGCAAGGUACAACAAAGCCAUGGUUGCCUCUACAUUCCCUUUGACGGCGAGGAGUUGUCUUUUAAAGAUUACGAGGUUCUCGUUAUGCAUUGAUCAUCGAACGAGCGCGCGCGCCACAUACACAGGCGC